UGCUCCUCCGGCUCCCGGGAAGCCGCGAGUUUCCGCAGGGAGGCGGCGGCAGCUGCGGCCGGGCCGGUCUGUAGCCUUUGCUGAGUCAACACUACUCACGGUGAAAGUGAUGCCUUUUCUCCAUUUGCACAACAUGAGUGUGGCGUGGUUAGCCAGACCAGGAGCUCAACCUCAUGUAGAGUCCAGUCCGCUGCUCUGAUGCCGAAGGGGAGGCAGAAAGUGCCACACUUGGAUGCCCCCCUGGGCCUGCCCACCUGCCUCUGGCUGGAAUUAGCGGGGCUCUUCUUACUGGUUCCCUGGGUCAUGGGCCUGGCAGGGACAGGUGGGCCUGAUGGCCAGGGCCCAGGGGGGCCGAGCUGGGCUGUGCACCUGGAAAGCCUGAAAGGUGACGGGGAGGAAGAGACUCUGGAGCAGCAGGCGGAUGCCUUGGCCCAGGCAGCAGGGCUGGUGAAUGCUGGACGCAUCGGAGAGCUUCAAGGGCACUAUCUCUUUGUCCAGCCUGCUGGGCACAGGCCGGCCCUGGAGGUGGAGGCCAUCCGGCAGCAGGUGGAGGCUGUGUUGGCUGGGCAUGAAGCUGUGCGCUGGCACUCAGAGCAGAGGCUGCUAAGGCGGGCCAAACGCAGCGUCCACUUCAAUGACCCCAAGUACCCACAGCAGUGGCACCUGAAUAACCGACGGAGCCCGGGCAGGGACAUCAACGUGACGGGUGUGUGGGAGCGCAAUGUGACUGGGCGAGGGGUGACAGUGGUGGUAGUGGAUGAUGGAGUGGAACACACCAUCCAGGAUAUUGCACCCAACUAUAGCCCUGAGGGUAGCUAUGACCUCAACUCUAAUGACCCUGACCCCAUGCCCCACCCGGACGUGGAGAAUGGCAACCACCAUGGCACGCGAUGUGCAGGAGAGAUCGCGGCUGUGCCCAACAACAGCUUCUGUGCCGUGGGCGUGGCCUAUGGGAGCCGCAUCGCAGGUAUCCGGGUACUGGAUGGACCUCUCACAGACAGCAUGGAGGCAGUGGCGUUCAACAAGCACUAUCAGAUCAAUGACAUCUACAGCUGCAGCUGGGGACCAGAUGAUGAUGGGAAGACAGUGGAUGGCCCCCAUCAGCUUGGAAAGGCUGCCCUACAACACGGAGUGAUUGCUGGUCGCCAGGGCUUUGGGAGUAUCUUUGUGGUAGCCAGUGGCAACGGAGGCCAACACAACGACAACUGCAACUACGAUGGCUACGCCAACUCCAUCUACACGGUCACCAUAGGAGCUGUGGAUGAGGAGGGACACAUGCCUUUCUAUGCAGAAGAAUGUGCCUCCAUGCUGGCAGUCACCUUCAGUGGUGGGGACAAGAUGCUUCGGAGCAUUGUGACCACUGACUGGGACCUUCAGAAGGGCACUGGCUGCACUGAGGGCCACACGGGGACCUCAGCUGCAGCGCCUCUGGCAGCUGGCAUGAUAGCCUUAAUGCUGCAGGUGCGGCCCUGCCUCACAUGGCGUGACGUCCAGCACAUCAUUGUCUUCACCGCCACCCGGUACGAGGAUCGCCGUGCGGAGUGGGUCACCAACGAGGCAGGCUUCAGCCAUAGCCACCAGCACGGUUUCGGCCUGCUCAAUGCUUGGAGGCUCGUGAAUGCAGCCAAGAUCUGGACAUCUGUCCCUUACUUAGCAUCCUACGUCAGUCCCAUGUUAAAAGAAAACAAGGCGAUUCCGCAGUCCCCCCGUUCCCUGGAGGUUCUGUGGAAUGCUUCGUCAUCCUCUGCUUCCAGCUGACCAGGGGACGUUGCCACGGAAUGUCUACCCUA